AUGCCCCAUUUUUGUUUUCUUGCAGCCUUGGUUCUGCUUAUCCUGAUAGAGGAGGGUUUCGCACUGGCACAGAAAACUCAAGCUUUGCCUCAGAAUGUGGCUGUUGAGGAUAAGAAACCGGCUCACUGCGGAACUUUGAUCCAGACGGCAAAUGGAGGAUCAUUCAGUUCUCCAAACUACCCCAACACUUACCCACCAAACAAGGAGUGUGUGUACAUCCUGGAGGCCCAUCCACGGAAGAGAAUCCAGCUCAUCUUCGAUGACAUCUACUACAUCGAGCCGUCCUUUGAGUGUCGCUUUGAUAAUAUUGAAAUCCGUGAUGGGCCGUUUGUUUUCUCUCCGUUGAUUAAUCGGUUCUGCGGGGCAAAGAGUCCAGGAAUUGUCACCUCUUCCGGACGCUUCAUGUGGAUCAGGUUUACCAGCGACGAGGAGCUGGAGGGACUGGGCUUCAGGGUGGAGUAUUCAUAUACUGCAGAUCCUGACUUUCAUCUCCAUAUUGGGGGACUCUUGAAUCCCAUUCCAGACUGUCAGUUUGAAAUGUCUGGAUCAGAUGGUAUAAUCAGAUCUAGUCAAGUUGAGGAGGAAAACAAGGUGAAAUUAGGGGAAGCACUGGACUGUAUUUGGACCAUACGAGCUCCACCGAUGUCUAAGAUCUAUCUCCGCUUUCUGGAAUAUCAGUUGGAGAACUCAAAUGAGUGUAAGAAGAACUUUGUUGCAAUCUAUGAAGGCAGUAAUGCCAUUGAAGAUCUAAAGGCCAAGUUCUGCAGCACCGUUGCCAACGACAUCACGCUUGAUAAUGCUGUGGGUGUGGUCAGAAUGUGGGCCGACGAGACCAGCAAACUGAGCCGCUUCCGUAUGCUCUUCACGGUCUUUGUUUUGAGCCGUAAGGGUUUAUUCAGCGCUGCAGAGACGCAGGAGGUGCUGGAGCCUCCUCAGUACGAGCUCUUCUCCAUGCGGGAAGCGGAGCUGCCGGAGGAUCUGUCGGAGGAGCUGGAGAGUCUGCAGAAACUCCGCCGCUCCUCCAGCAUGUCCCGCUGUGUCCACGAGCAUCACUGUGGCGCUCCGAGCAGCGCCGCCUCCAUCGUCAUGGCAAGCAGAGCGCAUCAUCUCUCGCACGACUCUGAUGACAUGAGUACGGAUGUUGGAGCCAGAGGCUGGGGCAGCUUCCACGGACGCAGGAGCAGCUCCCACUCGCACCCUUUCACGCACGACCCGCGCGCUCACGCUUACAGCGCCCAGAGUCUGAGAGAGGCACUGGAAGAUGAGGAGCUGGGGCUGGAGGAACGGGUGAUGGAGGAGAUCGGCUACAAUGAUUUUAUCACCCGUGGACGCAACGUCAUGAUGGUACGUAAUCAUGCCAACCCUGUCCAACAACGCUCCCUCUCUAUGGACUUCUGAGUGGUGCGGAAGUCAGCUGACACUUUUUAUUUGUCGUGUAAAAAUUCAAUAAUAUAAUGCGUAGCUGUAAAUGUUUGCCCACACCUACUUUUAUUAUUUUACUAUUUUAUUUCA